UGGCCAGAAGCUGUGGGGGGAAGGAGCCACCCUGAGCAGGGCAGGUGCUGCUGCUGAGAGCUGCUGGCUGGGGCAGGGCUGCUCCCAGCUCCAGACCAGCCUGGGCACAGUUCCGGAGGACACUUCCCAAAGAAGGUAAGCCUGGGAUUGCUGUAAAGAUCAGCAGCUUUCCUGAGACUGUUUUCAAUUUCCUGCUUGGAGAAGGAUGGGAAAGUUGGGGUGGUGACAAAAAGAUUUUUGCUUUUGAUACAUUUUGAUAUAUUCAUAACUCUAUAAAUUACUAUUAUAUAGUUAUAAAACUAUAAUCCUUACUUUAGGCUAUUAAACUCUUAAUUAACUCUAUUAAACUACUAUUAUAUACUUCGAUCAAUACAAUCUUUAAUUAACUCUAUUAUAUUUCCUAACCUUUCUGUUAGAUUUCAGAACAAUAAGCAGACUGUCUAAAUACAUUCCUGAAAUACUGCAUCGUCUUAUUACCAGGAAGAGGACCUACAAGAAGAACAUUUUGGUUUUGACCAGAAUUUGAGCAGUCAUAACAAAAAGUGUGGCAAAGUAGCCCUUGGACCUACACCAAUGGGUUGAGCCAGGAGUGUGUAACUGAGACAACUGAAUCUCCUAUUGGAUGUUCCUGUUAAAUAUCCCAAUUAAUCAACCUUUAGAAAUUGUUGAAAUCAGGAGCCGAUUGUGCCUCAUCCCCACUGGGACACCUGGAAGCUUCCAAUAAAGGUGCCCAUGUGCAGCCACAGCAAAUGUCCAACAGCAGCUCCAUCGGCCACUUCCUCCUGCUGGCACUGGCAGACACGCGGCAGCUGCAGCUCCUGCACUUCUGCCUCUUGCUGGGCAUCUCCCUGGCUGCCCUCCUGGGCAACGGCCUCAUCAUCAGCGCCGGAGCCUGCGGCCACCACCUGCACACGCCCAUGUUCUUCUUCCUGCUCAACCUGGCCCUCAGCCCCCUGGGCUCCAUCUGCACCACUGUCCCCAAAGCCAUGCACAAUUCCCUCUGGGACACCAGCACCAUCUCCUACAAAGGAUGUGCUGUUCAAGUUGUUCCGCUUAUCUUCUUCAUUAGAACAGAGCUUUCCCUCCUGACCAUCAUGUGCUACGACCGCUACGUGUCCAUGUGCAAACCCCUGCACUACGGGACCCUCCUGGGCAGCAGAGCUUGUGCCCACAUGGCAGCAGCUGCCUGGGCCAGUGCCUUUCUCAAUGCUCUCAUGCACACGGCCAAUACAUUUUCCCUGCCCCGGUGCCAUGGCAAUGCCCUGGGCCAGUUCUUCUGUGAUAUCCCCCAGAUCCUCCAGCUCUCCUGCUCCAAGUCCUAUCUCAGGGAACUUGGGCUUCUUCUUGUUAGUGUGUGUUCGGUAUUUGGUUGUUUUGUGUUCAUUGUUUUCUCCUAUGUGCAGAUCUUCAGGGCCGUGCUGAGGAUCCCCUCUGAGCAGGGACGGCACAAAGCCUUUUCCACCUGCCUCCCUCACCUGGCUGCGGUCUCUCUGUUUGCCAGCACUGCAGUGUUUGCUCACCUGAAGCCCCCCUCGAUGUCCUCCCCAUCCCUGGAUCUGGCCCUGUCAGUUCUGUACUCAGUGGUGCCUCCAGCCCUGAACCCCCUCAUCUACAGCCUGAGGAACCAAGAGCUCAAGGCUGCAGUAUGCAGACUGAUGACUGGAUGCUUUCAGAAACAUUAAACUGUUGACCAUUUUUUGCCAAUCACUUGUAAUAAAAGUUAUCUUUGAUA